GGAACUCGAAUGAGACAAGUUUCAUCCCCCUAAGCUUGACGUGAAGGAACUGGAAUCCAUAUCAGUUAGAGAAUGUUAGACGUACGGAACCUCCAUAGUCUCCUUAAUUUCUCGACCACGCAUAUCUCUGUUUACACCAUAAAUUUUGUCUUGUACCACAUUGGUGAGUUACAAGAUAAUCAAGGAGUUUAUAAGGCCACACCCAUUAUAACAAUUAAUGUUGUUUAAAUUGGGCCUUAUGGAUAUUGAUUUUAAACCCAAGUCACUAGCUCAUUAAUGAGCAUGGACAUGAUUCAAUAAGGGACAUGGGCCUCUCGUAAGAGGCCAUGCCAUGCCACGAGAUGGCAUGAUAAUUUCUAAGUAUGAGAAGUCCAUGACCAUGAAUGAAGAGGCCAUGCCGCCUCAUAACCAAGACCAAACGACACAAAAACAUGUCCAUCUAGAAUUUAGAAGCACAUGCCAUCACAAGGAAGACCUCGAUACGGUCAAAAAUAUUCUAAGUCUCGAGAUGGGCAUGCCACUUCACGAAGAGGCCAUGCCACUUCACGAAGAGGCCAUGCCGCCCCAUGACCAAGGCCUAAUGGCUGAAAAAUAAACUAAGUCUGGAAGAGGUACAUGCCACUUCAAGGAGAAGCACGUGCCGCCUCACGAGAAGGGGCAUGGACGCGAGAAAAAAGGCCCUAGGUAUGAUUGAAAAAUGCUAAGUAUGAGAAAGUUAUGCCACCUCAAGAGAAGAGCCAUGUGCAUGAUUGGGAGAUCCAUGGCCGUGUCACGAAAGGGGCCAUGGACGCAAGGCCGUGAAUCACACUUCAAAGAAGACAAAGAUAUUCUAAGUGUGGAGAAGGACUUUCGCUUUAACGAGGAGGGUCAUGUCCCUCUAGAGAUUGAGAAGAUCAUGCCGUGUCACAAGAGGGGCCAUGUGCACGAUUGAGAGAUCCAUGCCGCCGCAUGAGAGGGGCCAUGGACACAAAUAAAAAGGGUGUGGUGAUGGAGCAUUAUAUCACUAGUGAAUAUGACUCAAGAGGUCCACGAGCGUUAGACAAGAAGGCCAUGGACAUGAGUAAAAAGUCCAUGGCCGCGAGGCAAGAAGACCACGACCCCCUUUGUGAGACACCACAUGCUUAUCAAAAGACUAGCAUGACACAAGAUUCAGAACAAUACCAGGCGAGGCAAGCUACACUCCAAGACCCACGACGGUUACAAGAGAGGCCCCUAGGCGGUUGAAGGAGUAACCACCCCUCCGAGGAAGCAGGGAGCAGUUCUUUUUGGGAGUUAUCCAAGAGGCGGUUUUCUACCGAAGAAGGGGGAGCGGUUCUUAGUAGCAGUUAUCCAACAAGAGGUUUUCUAUGGCGGUUACCUCAUCGGGGCUAUAAAUAAGAGGAGGGGUCGACAGAGACAUGGGGUCCCAAAACCAACUAUUUGACACACAUGUCAAGUUUAUCCCUUUUCUUUUCUCUAUCAUGUAGCCAUAGAUGUAGUUCGUAGUUUGGAGCUCUCGUCGAACCUCCAUAGGAGUAGAAGUAAUUUAAUUUAGCUCUCGUUCCCAAAAAACCAUCAAUCAAACACCCUCGUUCGAACUUUGUUUGAAGAGGUGUGAGCCGUGUCUUAGUAAUCGUUGCCCAAAGAAGUCAAAGGUGCAUUAAUCUCAUUUCAACGCAAGUUUUCUCGCCGGAAAACAAAUUUGGCACACCCGGUGGGACCUUGUGUUUGAUAUGAUGGUUCCACGACAUAGACAACAAGAUGAAGAUCUUCUACAAGUCUUUGUAGAAGAGGAUCAAGUGACUAGCUUCAAAGUUGGUCGAGUGGAUGUUGUUGCCGGAAACAAUGGCGGGAUGAAGGCUCUGCCAGCACCGGCGACAAGUUUGGAUGAAGCAGCUUCCAUCACUUCGCUCCAUCAAUCCAUUGAGGAGGGUAUGGUUGACCCCCAACAGGUAAACCGACGUUUAACUUCUCAUAUUAAGCGCCAUGCUUCUCUUAUUGAACGUAUCGAUUCUCUCAUUGAACGUCAUGAUUCUCUCAUUGAGCGUCAUGAUUCUCUCAUUGAGCGUCAUGAUUCUCUCAUUUCUUGGAUGGAUACAUGCCUAUAUAAUUGGUUUGGCAACUUGAGCAAGACUCAAAGCCAUUUUUAUGAGUCUAGACAUGUCUCGGACAUAUCUGUGGUUCAAUCAAGGACUUUGCCAAUAAAUAGCAAAGAUCCACCACUAAACAGUGUUACAUGGUGUAAGAAUCUUUCUUCCACUGGUUUUCAAAAUGGUCGAUCAUGGAAAGGAACAUUGCCAACAUCGGUAACAAGCCAACUGCCAUCUCAACAUGGGAGUUGUGGCCAAAAUUUGGCCUUCACGUUCACGACCCAUGAUUGUGACUUGUCUGUACAAUAUGGAGUUCAGCCGACCAUGCUAGAUAAAAGAACCCCUGUGGAUGACGUAGGUGGUGGCGUUUCUUCCAAAAUGGAUCAAGUACCACGAUCUGCUCACCCACCCCCAAUGCCACCCCCAGUGAGUAGGCAAGGAAUGGAUUAUGAAGAACUCAAACCAUCUAGAGCUCAGCAAGGGGUGCAUGAAAGUCUAACUUCCCACAAGGUGAAUCCUAAAAGUCCAUCUAGGGGGCAUGUGAUGUGUAAGAGGCCACAUCAAUCACAAGCAACACAUGUUUGUGAUAAGCAUGCUAGUUUGGAUAAGUCUACACAUGGGGGCAUGUCAGUGUCACCCAUCAUGAAGUAUGAAGUAGGGGGCAUGUCUUGGAAGACACAACAGCUCCAAGCCACCCAUGGCUUUUAUAAGUGUAAAACUAUGGUUAAGUCUGGACAAGAGGAUAUGCAACCAAUCACAAACAGUGGAUAUGAGGUCAAGUCCAACAAGAAAAGACGUGGGAAAGCCAAAAAGAGUUCUCAUAGUGUUCAAAAUUUAGCUAAGUAUGGGCAAGGAGGCAUGUCACCCACCAUGAAUAAUGGAGUAGGGGGCAUGUCCAAGAAUCUAAAAGAAUUCCAACCUACACAUGCUUGUGAUAAGUAUGCAAGUUUGGCUAAGUGUGGACAGGGGGGCAAGUCCAUGUCCAUGAGUAGUAAGUACAUGCCAUCAAUCAUGAAUGAUGGACAUAGGGGCAUGCAUAAGAAGGUAUCAUACGCACAAACCAGACAUGGCCUCACAAAGAACCAAGGAUGGUCGUGUGCUAAGGGUAGGAGCUAACAAGGUUUGGAGGUUGAAAGACAAAGUCAAGUGGGCCACAUGGGUGGUCGCCCACUUGUCAAGACUGGACAUCGUCUCCAACAACAUGAGGAGAGUAAGCAUGUCUCAACCAUGAGGAAACCAAGGCAGAGGAAAAGCCAUGGUCGUCUUAACAUGUCUAGUGAUGUGGCUAAAGCAUAUGAGCAUGAGACCCCAUGCAAGGCCACCAAGGCUAGACAUGCUGAUCAUAUACCACCCACUGGUAAGCUAGAAGAUUCAAAAUUAAUGUAUGGAGAAUCAUGUUCCAUGAAGGAAAAGAAGCAUGUGGUAUAUGGAUGGCUUGCAUGUUUUAAUCCAUGGACUUGGCAGUGGGUGUACACCUUUGGCGCAUUAGUUGUUGCCAGAGGCGAUGGAGAGCAGUGACGUUUGUCUCCUUGUUAUCUUAAAUAAAUAAAUAAAUAAAGAUCAUAUAUAUUAAUAAAUAAAUAAAAGCCAAUCAUGGCUAUAUAAGAAAAAUAGAGAGAAAAUAACAAAGUGGAAAUUUUGAGUUGAAGUUAUUAGACUUUGAUGAGAAGAUCUUACCACCAAGUCGUAGUGAUGGCUUGGCAUACCGAGUCGUAGAUUGCAUCUUGCCAUGCUAUGUCGUCUUGUCCCAAGUGACCACCAGUUUGGAUGUUGGACACGACCUAAGGGCAUCGUGGGUUGGAGAUGAGUGAUGGCCAGCUUGAGCAGGUAAAAUAAGAAAAGUGUAGGGGCCUCACUGAAUUGUUGACGAGAAGCCAACAAGGCAAGGGUUUCUCGUGGCUACACAUGAAUGAAGACAACAUAGGCGGCAUAGCUAGCCACUUGAAAGACGUAGGUACCAUGGUGAUGUUUUAGAGGAAAAAAUUUCAAGUUUUAUUGAACUCGUGGUCAUGGGUGAUUAGAGACAAGCCUUGUUAUCUAGGACCAGUUAGAGAAGGGAUAUAAGUGGUCAAGUUGGUCUCAACUACUUAGUCCAUAAUCCUUAUGCACUAAGUAGUUGGGGGGCAUUUGUUUACACCAUAAAUUUUGUCUUGUACCACAUUGGUGAGUUACAAGAUAAUCAAGGAGUUUAUAAGGCCACACCCAUUAUAACAAUUACUGUUGUUUAAAUUGGGCCUUAUGGAUAUUGAUUUUAAACCCAAGUCACUAGCUCAUUAAUGAGCAUGGACAUGGGCCUCUCGUAAGAGGCCAUGCCAUGCCAUGAGAUGGCAUGAAAAUUUCUAAGUAUGAGAAGUCAAUGGCCAUGAAUGAAGAGGCCAUGCCGCCUCAUAACCAAGACCAAACGACACAAAAACAUGUCCAUCUAGAAUUUAGAAGCACAUGCCAUCUCAAGGAAGACCUCGAUACGGUCAAAAAUAUUCUAAGUCUCGAGAAGGGCAUGCCACUUCACGAAGAGGCCAUGCCGCCCCAUGACCAAGGCCUAAUGGCUGAAAAAUAAACUAAGUCUGGAAGAGGUACAUGCCACUUCAAGGAGAAGCACGUGCCGCCUCACGAGAAGGGGCAUGGACGCAAGAAAAGAUGCCCUAGGUAUGAUUGAAAAAUGCUAAGUAUGAGAAAGUUAUGCCACCUCAAGAGAAGAGCCAUGUGCAUGAUUGGGAGAUCCAUGGCCGUGUCACGAAAGGGGCCAUGGACGCAAGGCCUCGAAUCACACUUCAAAGAAGACAAAGAUAUUCUAAGUGUGGAGAAGGACUUGUCGCUUUAACGAGGAGGGUCAUGUCCCUCUAGAGAUCGAGAAGGUCAUGCCGUGUCACAAGAGGGGCCAUGUGCACGAUUGAGAGGUCCAUGCCGCCUCAUGAGAGCGGCCAUGGACACAAAUAAAAAGGGUGUGGUGAU